GGGGAAUUCAUUCCCCAAUGGUCCGGCUUCCAAUCUUCAGCGCAAUCCUCUGGGAAUUAUCUAGCACUCUGUGUUCUAGGCUGGUCGUACGUCCUCUCUGCUCGACUGAUAGAGCUGCGGCGCACGACGCCCGCCGAUAGUAUCGCCUAUACAGACGCCGUGGUACAGUCGCCCGAGAUGACGACUGCCGGCUCGAAUGAGCUUUGCAGCCUACAGCUGGGCGACCUUUCAUCGGCAGAGCUGCGCUGGUGGGCUGCCAUUCUGGCAGGCGGGCGUGGAUGGCACGCGACGCUGAACCGAGAUGAAAAGGAAUAUUUCUCUCCGUGGGAGUGCCAUCUUGCCGAUAACUGCUUCACACUGUUGCACUCACGCACUCGGUCCCCAAUCCCCAGCGACCUAACACCCCCGUCGUCAGUAGAAGCGCAAGCAUACCUUGUGAGUUUCGCACGAUCGCAUGGUUGCUUGGAUCAACUACUGGCUGCUUUUGCAGCAGCCAUCACUCUACCUUCACACCUUCGGUUCGGUGCGCCAAUCACAUUGCCAAAGCCUGUCCAAGGCCCUUCCGAGCGCGCAAGUCAGAAGAUUGAAAGAUUUUAAGCGGAUCGGCUACCGACUGUGGAUGAUCUUGCUCGUUUCAUGACUCUCUCGUGCAUGGCAAAUAUUGUUUCCUCUUCU